AUGCACUUCAAGGCCUCUCGUUGUUCCAAGGACAAGGUGACUGGAUCGAAGCGGAGUCCUGAUCAAGUCCGCGCCGCCCUCGAAUUCCUCUGCGACUUCGUCCAGACCAACUCUGCCGUCGAUCCGGCCCAGAUCCUCAUCCCGUCCCCCUACAAAGCGAUGAUCGAAACCAUUACCAGCAUGCGGAAGAAGCCCGAGUGUAUGGCUAUCAACAAGGUCCGGCCAGCAUCAACGAUCGACUCGAUCCAGGGACAAGAGGGAGAUAUGGUCGUGGUCAUUACCGGAACCACGACGCAGUAUGGGCCAGGCUUCACCACCGACGAACGGCGGCUCAAUGUCAUACUGAGCCGCCAUAAAAGCGCCCUGGUAAUCUUUGGUGACAUCCAUGUCGUUAAGUCUAUCGACCAGGUCAAGGUCAAGGCCAACCCCGACGAGAAGGAAGCCGCCUGCCCGAUCGUCCUCCCACACACUCCCGAGGGUGAUUUGCACAAGUGCCGGCCCAAAAUGCUCCACAAGGUACAUGUCAUGUUGGUCGCCGCUUUCAGGUUCACCGCCAUCAACACUAAGGGCCUGGGGUGGGAGAGGAGGUGA